UUGAUUUCCCAUCAGCCUAUCCAAUCGAAUUCCAGACAGAGUCAGUAGACACAACGGUGGUAGUGUAAAAUAAUUAGGAAUUCUUGAUAGUCUUUCGUACAAUCUCUUCUUCAAUCCUAGUAGCAAAAAUGGAGUGUCCUUUAGGAACCUUUGGAUACCAAGAUUUCCGACCUCUUACUUUCGUAGUUUUGAAUCCCAGAAUUUACUUUCACUAUUUAUUUAUUCUACUUAUAAAAUAAAUGUCCGAACCAAUCAUAAUCAUAUUAAAAUCAUAAUCAUAUUAAUAAGUAAGGCUUACUUCAUCCCUAUUUGUACCGGUUUGGGCCACACCCAAAGCCCGGAUUUUUAGAAAAAAAUUGACUUUCUUUAAAAAAAUUGACUUUCUUUAUAGAACUACAGAUUCUAAAAAUAAAGUAUCGAUAGGCUUAUCCUUUUGCCUCUCCUUCUCCGGGGACAGAAUUCGUCGAGUUAAAUCAGCAGAAUAAGAAAUCCCAAGUUUUUUGUUGAUCAGGCGACACCCAGAUUUGAACUGGGGAUAAAGGAUUUGCAGUCCCCCGCCUUACCACUUGGCCAUGUCGCCAAACCAAAUUCGAUCCAAAUAAGAUAAAAAAUAGAUUUCUGGUCAAAGACUGAAAAAUUCAGGGCAAAUUGGAACCAUUAACUAUUUGUUUUGUUGUUUUGAAUUAGCGAAAGGUUCUUCAAUUUGUAUCUCAAAUUGUUGCGUUUCCUUAAUGGCAUAACAAAAUCAAAUUGAUUUAUGACUAAUUCAGUAUCAAUUAUUUUCAAUAAUCAAUCUUUUUCAAUUUCAAUUAUAACAAUAUAAAUUAUAACAAUAUAUAUGUGUAUAUGUAAACCUCAAAACAGAAAUUGUUACACAGAUACCGCUCUUAUGUACAUAUCCCAUAUCCCUAUAGAGAAUCGUCGUGCCUUCUUUUUUCAUUUUCUAUAUGCAAUAGAAAAAAUAGGAAUUAUGAUAUAGUGCGACCUGACUUCUGUUGCCACAAGUGAAAUUACGAUAAAAGAUGUGAUAUGCGGACAGGUAGAUAGCUAUAUUGGCAUGCACUUAAUAAAUAUUACUCCUAUUACGCAAUUCAAUCAUAUUCUAUAUAUUCUACUAGCAAAAAAAUAAUUCGAAAUUUUUUUUGAACAUGAAAUGAAACUCAAAUAAAAUUAAGUAUGCUAAAAAGGGAAACUCUAUAUUGUUCCUGUUGUACCUGUCGCAAAUUCGAACUUGCGUCGAAAAUGCUCUUCAUUCCUCUGUCUCAUUUCCGUUCAUACGUAUGAAAUACAUAUAUGGUAUAUGGAGUUGGCUAAAAUUUCAUGUGAUUCAGUAAACAGAAUAUACAUUCCAUCAUUGCUAGAUCGAUCCGUAUGGUUCGAUAAAUAGUGAGCUAAUAAUGGGAUUUUUCAAUAAACAGGAAACUUAAGAUUAAGAUGCUCCGGAAUGAUGGAAAUGAGGGAAUGUCCACAAUACCUGGAUUUAGUCAGAUCCAAUUUGAGGGAUUUUGUAGGUUCAUUAAUGAGGGCUUGACGGAAGAAUUUCAUAAGUUUCCAAAAAUUGAAGAUACAGAUCAAGAAAUUGAAUUUAAAUUAUUUGUGGAAAGAUAUCAAUUGGUAGAACCCUUGAUAAACGAAAGAGAUGCUGUGUAUGAAUCACUCACAUAUUCUUCUGAAUUAUAUGUACCCGCGGGAUUAAUUUGGAAAACCGGUAGAGAUAUGCAAGAACAAACCGUUUUUAUUGGAAACAUUCCCCUAAUGAAUUCCCUGGGAACCUUUAUAGUAAAUGGAAUAUACAGAAUUGUGAUCAAUCAAAUAUUGCAAAGUCCUGGUAUUUACUACCGUUCAGAAUUGGACCAUAACGGAAUUUCUGUCUAUACCAGCACAAUAAUAUCAGAUUGGGGAGGAAGAUCGGAAUUAGAAAUUGAUAGAAAAGCAAGGAUAUGGGCCCGUGUAAGUAGGAAACAAAAAAUAUCUAUUCUAAUUCUAUCAUCAGCUAUGGGUUCGAAUCUAAGAGAAAUUCUAGAUAAUGUUUGUUACCCUGAAAUUUUCUUGUCUUUCCCGAAUGAUAAGGAGAAAAAAAAGAUUGGGUCAAAAGAAAAUGCUAUUUUGGAAUUUUAUCAACAAUUUGCUUGUGUAGGCGGGGAUCCGGUAUUUUCUGAGUCUUUAUGUAAAGAAUUACAAAAGAAAUUUUUUCAACAAAGAUGUGAAUUAGGAAGGAUUGGUCGACGAAAUAUGAACCGGAGACUGAAUCUUGAUAUACCUCAGAACAAUACAUUUUUAUUACCACGAGAUGUAUUGGCUGCUGCGGAUCAUUUGAUCGGAAUUAAAUUUGGAAUGGGUACACUUGACGAUAUGAAUCACUUGAAAAAUAAACGGAUUCGUUCUAUAGCGGAUCUGUUACAGGAUCAAUUCGGACUGGCUCUUGUUCGUUUAGAAAAUGCGGUUCGAGGAACUAUAUGUGGAGCAAUUCGGCAUAAAUUGAUACCGACUCCUCAAAAUUUGGUAACUUCAACUUCAUUAACAACCACUUAUGAAUCGUUUUUUGGCCUACAUCCUUUAUCUCAAGUUUUGGAUCGAACUAAUCCAUUGACACAAAUCGUUCAUGGGCGAAAAUUGAGUUAUUUGGGUCCUGGAGGAUUGACGGGGCGAACUGCUAGUUUUCGGAUACGAGAUAUUCAUCCUAGCCACUAUGGACGUAUUUGUCCAAUUGACACGUCCGAAGGAAUCAAUGUUGGACUUAUUGGAUCCUUAGCCAUUCAUGUGAGGAUUGGCCAUUGGGGAUCUAUAGAGAGUCCAUUUUAUGAAAUAUCUGAAAGAUCAAAAGAGGCACAGAUAGUUUAUUUAUCACCAAAUAGAGAUGAAUAUUAUAUGGUAGCAGCGGGAAAUUCUUUGGCCUUGAAUCGGGGUAUUCAGGAAGAACAGGUUGUUCCAGCCCGAUACCGUCAAGAGUUCCUGACUAUUGCAUGGGAACAGAUUCAUCUUAGAAGUAUUUUUCCCUUCCAAUAUUUUUCUAUUGGAGCUUCCCUCAUUCCUUUUAUCGAGCAUAAUGAUGCGAAUCGGGCUUUAAUGAGUUCUAAUAUGCAGCGCCAAGCAGUUCCGCUUUCUCAGUCCGAGAGGUGCAUUGUUGGAACUGGACUGGAACGCCAAACGGCUCUGGAUUCGGGGGUUUCCGCUAUAGCCGAACACGAGGGAAAGAUCAUUUAUACUGACCCUCACAAGAUCAUUUUAUCAAGUAAUGGGGACACUACUAUAAGUAUAAGUAUUCCAUUAGUUAUCUAUCAACGUUCCAACAAAAAUACUUGUAUGCAUCAAAAACCUCAGGUUCCGCGGGGUAAAUGCAUUAAAAAAGGACAAAUUUUAGCGGACGGUGCGGCUACAGUUGGGGGGGAACUUGCUUUAGGAAAAAACGUAUUAGUAGCUUAUAUGCCAUGGGAGGGUUACAAUUCUGAAGACGCAGUACUAAUUAGCGAACGUCUGGUAUAUGAAGAUAUUUAUACUUCUUUUCACAUCCGGAAAUAUGAAAUUCAGACUCAUGUGACAAGCCAAGGACCUGAAAGAAUCACUAAGGAAAUACCACAUCUAGAGGCUCAUUUACUCCGCAAUUUAGACAGAAAUGGAGUUGUGAUGCUGGGAUCUUGGGUAGAAACAGGUGAUAUUUUAGUAGGUAAAUUAACACCUCAGACAGCAAACGAAUCGUCGUAUGCUCCAGAGGAUAGAUUAUUACGAGCCAUACUUGGAAUUCAGGUAUCCACUGCAAAAGAAACUUCUCUAAAACUACCUAUAGGCGGAAGAGGUCGCGUUAUUGAUGUGAGAUGGAUCCGGAAAAAGGGGGGUUCCUGUUAUAAUUCAGAAAUGAUUCGUGUAUAUAUUUCACAGAAACGUGAAAUCAAAGUAGGUGAUAAAGUAGCUGGAAGACAUGGGAAUAAGGGUAUCAUUUCAAAAAUUUUGCCUAGACAAGAUAUGCCCUAUUUGCAAGAUGGAACACCUGUUGAUAUGGUCUUCAACCCAUUAGGAGUACCAUCACGAAUGAAUGUGGGACAGAUAUUUGAAUGCUCGCUCGGGUUAGCGGGGGAUCUGCUAAAGAGACAUUAUAGAAUAGCACCUUUUGAUGAGAGAUAUGAGCAAGAGGCUUCGAGAAAACUAGUGUUUUCCGAAUUAUAUGAAGCCAGUAAGCAAACAAAAAAUCCAUGGGUAUUUGAACCCGAAUAUCCGGGAAAAAGCAGAAUAUUUGAUGGAAGAACAGGAAAUCCUUUUGAACAACCUGUUCUAAUAGGAAAGUCCUAUAUUUUAAAAUUAAUUCAUCAAGUUGAUGAUAAAAUCCAUGGACGUUCUAGUGGACAUUACGCACUUGUUACACAACAACCCCUUAGAGGAAGGGCGAAGCAAGGGGGACAACGAGUAGGGGAAAUGGAAGUUUGGGCUCUAGAGGGAUUUGGUGUUGCUCAUAUUUUACAAGAGAUGCUUACUUAUAAAUCUGAUCAUAUUAGAGCUCGUCAAGAAGUACUUGGUGCUACGAUCAUUGGAGGAAGAGUAUCUAACCCAGAAGAUGCUCCAGAAUCUUUUCGAUUGCUCGUUCGAGAACUACGAUCUUUAGCUCUAGAACUGAAUCAUUUCCUUGUAUCUGAGAAGAACUUCCAGAUUAAUAGGAAGGAAGCUUGAUCUGAAUGAAUCAGAAUUUCUAUUCUAUGAUUGACCGGUAUAAACAUCAACAACUUCGAAUUGGACUAGUUUCUCCUCAACAAAUAAAGGCUUGGGCCAACAAAAUUUUACCUAAUGGAGAGAUAGUUGGAGAGGUGACAAAGCCCUAUACGUUUCAUUAUAAGACCAAUAAACCAGAAAAAGAUGGAUUGUUUUGUGAAAGAAUCUCUGGGCCCAUAAAAAGUGGAAUUUGUGCUUGUGGAAAUUAUCGAGUGAUUGGAGCUGAAAAAGAAGACCCGAAAUUUUGUGAACAAUGCGGGGUGGAAUUUGUUGAUUCUCGGAUACGAAGAUAUCAAAUGGGAUACAUCAAACUCGCAUGUCCAGUGACUCAUGUGUGGUAUUUGAAACGUCUUCCUAGUUAUAUCGCGAAUCUUUUAGAUAAACCCCUUAAGGAAUUAGAAGGCCUAGUAUACUGCGAUGUGUGAUUUGAUCAAAAUUUUCGUUUUACAGAUUCGGACUGAGAAACUGUCAUCCCAUUCAAUCCGAUUGGGGUGCCCCCGGCUCUGACAUGUGUUUUGGGAGAAGUAAAAGUAACACGAAACUCAGAAUUAUAGGUGUAUUCAAUACUUCCAAAUGCAAGGGGAAUUGAUCCAUGGUCGAUUCCGUAUAAAUAGGAAUUGCUAGUUAUACCUCGUGAAAAAACACUUUUUUGUGGAAUCAGCUAUUCCAUUUCUUUAUAGAGAGAUUCCGUUUAAGCAAGCAAAUAUAGUAUGGUUACAGAAGUCUAUCUAUCGCAUAUAUGCUUCAAGGGGCAUCAUGGGAUAACCAUCGAGGUGAGUAGGGACCUAAAGGAUCGAAUAGAACGAUAUAUAGACAAGUAAAUCCCUUACGAGUCCCAAAGUAUUCUUUUAAGGGGAUUCAUCAUUUGACGGGAAGUAGACUACUCAAAAAUCCUACAUUUUUAUUUUGUCAUAAGUAAUUCGGAAAAUGAAAGUAAAAAAAGAAGAAUGAAUCGUUGGUCCUUAGUGGGAACUUGAGUAAGGAGUAGUUCUUUGUUUGUAGGGUUUUUCGAACAAACUUUUUAAAUAAGAAAGAAUCCCCUUUUUGAGGUAACUACUUGAGCCGGAUGAAAGGAAACCUUCACGUCCGAUUUUAAAAGGGGGAAUCCAAUCCUACAGGAACCUAUCUCGAUUUUUCUUUUGCUAGGCCCAUAGCGAAAAAACCUACUUUCUUACGAUUACGAGGUUUAUUCGAAUAUGAAAUCCAAUCUCGGAAAUACAGCAUACCACUUUUUUUUACUACCCAAGGCUUCGAGACAUUUCGAAAUCGAGAAAUCUCUACAGGAGCAGGUGCUAUCAGAGAACAAUUAGCCGAUUCAGAUUUGCGAAUUAUUACGGGUAAUUCAUUAGUAGAAUGGAAGGAAUUAGGGGAGGAGGGGUCCACUGGAAAUGAAUGGGAAGAUAGAAAAAUUAGAAGAAGAAAGGAUUUUUUGGUUAGACGCAUGGAAUUAGCUAAACAUUUUAUUCGAACAAAUGUAGAACCAGAAUGGAUGGUUUUGUGCUUAUUACCAGUUCUUCCUCCCGAGUUGAGACCAAUCAUUCAGAUAGAUGGGGGUAAACUAAUGAGUUCGGAUAUUAAUGAACUCUAUAGACGAGUUAUCUAUCGGAAUAAUACUCUUACCGAUCUAUUAGCAACAAGUAGAUCUACGCCAGGGGAAUUAGUAAUGUGUCAGGAGAAAUUGGUACAAGAGGCCGUGGAUACACUUCUUGAUAAUGGGAUCCGUGGACAACCAAUGAGGGAUGGUCAUAAUAAAGUUUACAAGUCAUUUUCAGAUGUAAUUGAAGGCAAAGAGGGAAGAUUUCGUGAGACUCUGCUUGGUAAACGUGUCGAUUAUUCGGGACGUUCCGUCAUUGUCGUGGGUCCUUCGCUUUCAUUACAUCAGUGUGGAUUACCUCGAGAAAUAGCAAUAGAGCUUUUCCAAACAUUUGUAAUUCGUGGUCUAAUCAGACAACAUGUUGCUUCUAACAUAGGAAUUGCUAAAAGUAAAAUUCGGGAAAAAGAACCCAUUGUAUGGGAAAUACUUCAAGAAGUUAUGCGGGGGCAUCCUGUAUUAUUGAAUAGAGCACCCACCCUGCACAGAUUAGGCAUACAGGCGUUCCAACCCUUUUUAGUGGAGGGACGCGCUAUUUGUUUACAUCCAUUAGUUUGUAAGGGUUUCAAUGCAGACUUUGAUGGGGAUCAAAUGGCUGUUCAUGUACCUUUAUCUUUGGAAGCUCAAGCGGAGGCUCGUUUACUUAUGUUUUCUCAUAUGAAUCUCUUGUCUCCAGCUAUUGGGGAUCCUAUUUCCGUACCAACUCAAGAUAUGCUUAUCGGACUCUAUUUAUUAACGAUCGGGAAUCGUCGAGGUAUUUGUGCAAA